GAGAUAUGUGUUUUUUGGGCUGGAGGAAGGUCAACCGUUCGAGAUAAAAGCCCUAGGAUACUCCUCAGGCGGUGGGAGGCUCUGCCCUUUCUCUCUUUCUCCGCAUUUCUCUCGUCGCCGUCUCCUCCUCUCCGUAUAAACGGGAGGCGCCGAGAGAGCUCGUAGAGAACGAAGGGAAGAGAGAGAGGGAGGGAGCCCUCGUCUGUCCCGCUUCCGAAGGGUUUUUCUUUAUGCAAGCCAUGGCUGAUCAAAUUAACCACCCAACUGUAGUCCAAAAGGUUGCUGGGCAGUUUCAUCUCAGGUCCAGCUUUGCACAGGAUAUGCAGGUGCGCAGUUACAACUUGAGUAGGCCUUCUCCGUAUGAGAGGCACUUUACAGCUGCAAGCUAUGUCAGCAGUGGGCUGCAAACUCCAUUAAUGCCUGCAUGCAAAGCUACGUAUGAUCUCUCCAUGGUGUCAUCUGUGUCACCUGUCUUUGCCCAUGCACCUUCAGAAAAAGGUUUUGCAAGCUUUGCAAUCGAUUUCCUUAUGGGUGGAGUCUCAGCUGCAGUUUCCAAAACUGCUGCUGCACCUAUUGAGCGUGUGAAACUUCUCAUCCAGAACCAGGAUGAGAUGAUCAAGACAGGUCGUCUUUCUGAGCCCUACAAGGGUAUCAUGGACUGUUUCCGACGAACUAUUAAGGAUGAAGGUGUUUCCUCCUUGUGGAGAGGGAAUACUGCAAAUGUGAUCCGUUACUUCCCAACUCAGGCGUUAAACUUUGCUUUCAAGGAUUACUUCAAGAGGAUGUUCAAUUUCAAGAAAGAUAAAGAUGGAUACUGGAAAUGGUUUGGUGGCAACCUUGCUUCUGGUGGUGCAGCUGGUGCUUCUUCUCUGCUCUUUGUCUACUCACUGGACUAUGCCCGUACCCGUCUGGCAAAUGAUGCAAAAGCAGCUAAAAAGGGUGGUGAAAGACAAUUCAAUGGCCUCAUUGAUGUAUACAGGAAGACAAUGAAGUCUGAUGGCAUUGCUGGCCUCUACCGUGGAUUCAAUAUCUCCUGUGUUGGAAUUAUAGUAUAUCGGGGUCUGUACUUCGGAAUGUAUGACUCCUUGAAGCCGGUUGUUCUUACUGGAAAAAUGCAGGAUAGUUUCUUUGCUAGCUUUGCCCUGGGUUGGCUGAUUACGAAUGGUGCUGGACUUGCUUCCUACCCCAUCGAUACUGUUCGGAGAAGAAUGAUGAUGACCUCUGGAGAAGCAGUGAAAUACAAGAGCUCCAUGGAUGCUUUCUCCCAGAUCCUGAAGAAUGAGGGGCCAAAAUCCCUUUUCAAGGGUGCGGGUGCCAACAUUCUCCGUGCAGUUGCUGGGGCUGGUGUGCUUGCCGGCUAUGACAAGCUGCAGCUGAUUGUCUUCGGGAAGAAGUAUGGUUCUGGUGGUGCUUAAGUAGGAGAUACUUUUUCCUUUAGAGUGUGAUGAAAACAAAACCAAUGUUUCUUUUUGAGAGUUUUUGUGUCUUUCAUUCGGUGAAGUUUUAUCUGCCAUCUUAAUAAUUUUUCUGCAGUGGGAGAUUCUCCCUCAAUUUUUGGAGUGAUAUUCUCCGAAACCUUAAUUAUGAUUAUUGUAGUAGGUGGGUGUGCCCACUGAAAGUGGAGCGUCAGAUGUCUUCAACUUUGUAGUCUUAUGAUAGUACCUCAAAUUUAAAAUGACAUCAAUGCAGAUGCCAAUGCUCUGAUGCUGCUAUUCCAUUU